AUUUGUUCUGCUCUCCAGCCCGGCAACCACCGCACAAUUAUUCUGCACACAACAUGGCGGCUUGCACCGGCGGGGCAGGAGUGGUUGUUCCUCGUAACUUCCGCCUCCUGGAAGAACUGGAGCAAGGCCAGAAAGGGGUUGGUGAUGGCACCAUCAGCUGGGGCCUCGAGGACGACUGUGACAUGACCUUGACCCACUGGACCGGCAUGAUCAUCGGCCCCCCUAGGACCCCGUACGAGAAUAGGAUCUACAGCUUGAGAGUGGAAUGCGGACAGCAGUAUCCUGACGAGCCACCCAGCAUCAGAUUCAUUUCCAAGAUCAAGAUGGGAGGCAUCAAUGAGAGCAAUGGAAGCGUGGACAAGCGCACCCUUCCGGUGCUAAACCGUUGGCAGAGGAGCUAUUCCAUCAAGACGGUUCUGACGGAAUUGAGGCGUGCCAUGACCCUCAAGGAUAACCUGAGGUUGACGCAGCCCCCUGAAGGAUCCAGCUUCUAGAAACAACAGCCCUGGCCCCCGCUUCCUUCCUUGUUUCUGUUCUCGUCACACCUGUGGUUGCUUUUUCUGUGUGCCUUUUUGCCCCAAUGAAGGCCGUUCUUACCCUCCCCCUCUUGUCUAAGUUCAUGCUCCUCUUUUGUUCCUACUGCAGCGCUGUGCCCGUUAUCUCCAUUUCUUUAUGCUUGGUUCUUGUCCAUUUCUAUGCUGGAGUAACAAACAAUACAGUGCUUCAUACAAUCCAAGCACCUGUCGCUUUUUUGUGGUGAAAAGACAACAAAGAAGGCACAACUUACGCAUCACUUUUUCGUGGGGCAUGAAUGGAAGCCUUUUUUCGUGCACUAAGGAAGUUGGUGUAAGGGACCGGGCAGUGAGGAACAGGUGACCUCUUGGCGGCAGGUGGUGGAACCCUUUCGAAAUAACAAGCAGCGGCAUGGUUCAGCGAACCUGCACAUGUGGCUUAGGGCUCUUCAUUCUUCGUUGCCUCGGCCAUGCGUACACUAUGAAAUGACAAGGGAUGGUGUAAAUUGGGUUGCCACCUUUGGCCUACCUGUUGACUCUGUUGCCUUUGUUAAUUCAGGCUGUGUGAUCUUUGUAGUAGCUAUCACGGGUGUAUCUGCAGCACUUACAGGUGACAGUGGAGACGUCGCCACAUUUGAACGCUGUGGUCUGAGGUCUCGUCGUUUUCGGGACAGCAGGGCACACUGUCUUGCUCAAAUGCAAAUCGGGCCAUGUCGUUUUGGGCUAGGGGUAAUUUGUCCUACCAUUCAGCUGCACUUCCUUGUCAUGCUUUACGUGCGAGAGGGCACCACUGCAAAUGCUGCUGCUUGGAAGGGUAAGGCUAUCAAGGUCGUGUUAUCCAAAAAGUUUGUUUCUUUUUCUAUUUGGACAUCUGUCUCGGUCGUGUUUAGUAUGCGAGGAGUGUAACAGUGUCGCUGCAACUGUGGAAUUAUUUUUGUUUGGAUUUGUGAAGAAUGAAAUUGCAUGCCAGCCCAAACCUGGGUCCCGCAUUGUGUUUUUUUUUUUUUUUUUUCUUUCGUUUCUUGAGGCUAGGAUAAUAAAGGGAGUGCUUGUAAAGCCUGUCUGCAUGGAGGGAACAAUACAAUAAAGUGUUCUCAACUA